CGUCCCCCUGAUCCUCCGCACAGCAAUGCUGGGUCCGACUUCGUCUGGUGACAACUGCGAUGGGGGGGUUGUUUUGAUAAAAGUUGAUGGAUUUUCCUAAUCAAGUUUUUAUUACCACAUUCUUGCGUUGAAGUCCAGGAUGUUUUUGGUUCUUUCUAGGUGUUCAACCGUUGGUCUUUCUUCAAGUCGCCAAAGGACAAACAGACGAACGUUGGAAUAACCGAUCUUAAAACUUUUUUCAACUGCCUAACUAGUCAGUGGACUGACCUAUGCUAAGCUAACCCGCCAGCAAAAGCAGCUCAAAAACGUGGUAAAAGUCCUCAAACGAGCAAGAUAACUUUAUAUUUCGGGAUUCGUUGACUAGAUGAGAUUUGCUGGUGACUUUGUGAGAGAAACCUGCCUCUCGGAGCCUCGCUUUCGCCGGUCUGAGUGGACGGUGCAGGUGCACCUCUUGCGGCACCUGCGGUAACGUUAGCUCCAUCGGUACUGAGCUAGCCUUAGCUUGUUAGCUUUCAGAAGAAGCAGAUACUAUGCUGUGGACCAGUUUAUCUCUCAUUGCAUAGAUUAUUUGAGAUUUAAGCCAUGAGGUGUUAGUUACAAACGUUAUACUGCUGUUCAACCGUCAGCCCUUUAAGUGCUGACAAUAGCUGAAACAUAUUUCGGCUAACCAGCAACCUCGCUAGCAAGUUAUUGACCCUCAUACUUUUACCGGAGUGGCGACGUGGAUAAGGGUUGUGGACGCUCUCUCCCACAGGACUUUGGACACGGUUUGAUCCUCUCUGCAGGGAAUGCCCCUCUGUUCUCAUCAGCUAGUCUCAUAGAUGUGACAGCAUGAGGAUUUCAAAAAGUUACAUUUUACCGUUUUAAAGUUUUGCUCUAAAAGCUCUGCACCCUAUGGUGCCGCUACGGCCACCGAGAAAUGGAUGUCUCGCAGGCCGCUUUCCCAAACGGUGAAGGGCGGCCGGGCGGCGGUGAGACAGGGGAACAUGCCUGGACAGACUGCCCCACAGCCCGGGCGUGGGCUCACUCUGCUCCGCUGUGCCCGACCCGGUCCCUAUGGACGGCCGCGUAUGACUACGAGGCAAGCGGCGAGGACGAGCUCAGCCUCAGGCGAGGGGACGUGGUGGAGGUGCUGUCCAAAGACGCAGCGAUCUCCGGGGACGAGGGCUGGUGGACGGGUAAAAUCAACCACCGUGUUGGGAUUUUCCCCUCAAACUAUGUCACCUACCAGCCGGCUAUUUACCGUAUACCUACUACGAGUGGGUCUGUGGGGACACGAGAAGUCCCAAGCGCACCCAUCAAUAUCCCCUUCAGUGAACUGGUACUAGAGGAGAUCAUCGGCGUGGGUGGAUUUGGCAAAGUUUACCGGGGCACAUGGAAAGAUCAGGAGGUCGCAGUGAAAGCGGCUCGGCAAGACCCUGAUGAGGACAUAGCAGCCACCGCGGGCGGUGUUAAACAAGAAGGGAAACUUUUCUCCAUGCUGCAACACCCCAACAUUAUUAAACUGGAAGGAGUGUGUUUGGAGGAGCCUAACCUGUGCCUGGUCAUGGAGUAUGCCCGAGGCGGGACACUGAACCGGGCGUUGACCGGAAGGCGCAUCCCUCCACACAUCCUGGUUAACUGGGCCGUACAGAUUGCACGCGGGAUGCUCUACCUACACGAGGAGGCCGUGGUACCCAUCAUCCACCGUGACCUGAAGUCUUGCAACAUUUUAUUAUUUGAAACGAUUGAGAAUGACGACAUCGGGAGGAAGACCUUGAAGAUCACAGAUUUCGGCCUUGCCAGGGAGUGGCACAGAACCACAAAAAUGUCAGCUGCAGGCACGUACUCCUGGAUGGCCCCCGAGGUCAUCAAGUCAUCACUCUUCUCCAAAGGCAGUGACGUCUGGAGCUAUGGCGUCUUGCUGUGGGAGCUGUUGACAGGGGAGGUGCCGUAUCGCGGGAUAGACGGCCUUGCUGUUGCCUACGGUGUGGCGGUCAAUAAAUUAACGUUACCAAUCCCCUCCACCUGCCCAGAACCCUUCGCCAAGCUAAUGGAAGAAUGCUGGGACCAAGACCCCCACGUGCGUCCCUCCUUCUCCUGCAUCCUGGAGCAGCUGUCGGCCAUCGAGGAGGCGGUGAUGGCCACCAUGCCGCAGGACUCCUUCCACAGCAUGCAGGACGACUGGCGGGUGGAGAUCCAGGAGAUGUUUGAUGAGCUCAGGACCAAAGAGAAGGAGCUACGUUCCAGAGAAGAGGAGCUGACGAGGGCCGCCCUCCAGCAGAAGUCUCAGGAGGAGCUGCUGAAGAGACGGGAGCAGCAGCUGGCGGAGCGAGAGAUCAACGUGCUGGAGAGAGAGCUCAACAUCCUCAUCUUCCAGCUCAACAAAGAUAAGCCCAACGUGAAGAAGAGGAAAGGCAAAUUCAAACGUUCCCGCCUCAAACUGAAGGAUGGAAACCGCAUCAGCCUGCCCUCAGACUUCCAGCAUAAGAUCACGGUGCAGGCGUCGCCCUCCAUGGACAAGAGGCGCAGCCUUCACAGCGCCAGCACCUCUCCCCCCAGCAGUCCCACCCUCAUCCCCCGCCUACGAGCCAUUCAGCUGACGUCCCACAUGCGAAAGGACAGUUUGUAUGUUUACCAACAGGAAGUUGAUCUGACCAGCGAGCUCACAACUUCCUGUGGGCUCAGGAGGAAAGUAACUCAAGAUGAGAGCAACCGUACAUGGGGCCGCAGCACCCCCUUCAGGCCGGAGGAGUUUGAGGAUGUGAGAAAGGGAAUCAAGAAGAAAGGAAGAACCUGGGGCCCCAGUUCAGUCCAGAGCAAAGAGAGGCCUGCUGCUGCUGAGAGAGUGCGCCCUCUGUCAGACGGCAGUAACCCCUGGUCCACCAGCCUGGUCAAAUCCCAGAAGUCUGUCCCCCUCGCCGCCCUGUUUACUGAACAAGCGGGCGGCGGUAAAGACGAGGCGUUCUCCCAGGAUUCUCCUGACAGCUCCAAGCCAAAGCAGCUCAAGUUCCCCAACCAGGUGUACAUUGAUCUACCUAUGUGGAGGGACGAGCAGCAGCCUCAGAGCCCCGCCGGGCAUUGUGGGUCGGGGGAUUCUGGGAUCGGCACAGCAGGUCAGGGCGGCGCUCCGGACACCCCGGACGACCCGUACACCACCACCUCCACCUCGUCCAGCUCCACCACCCCCCAGCUCACCCCCACCAACAGCCUGAAGCGGGCAUCGACGCGCCGUAAGACCGACUCGGCGCUUUACGGCUGCGGCGCGCUGCUGGCUUCAGUGGUGCUCGGUUAUGACAUCAGAGAAGCUCUCAAGAACUCGGCUCCCGUGGAGGACUGCGAGCCCCAGCGCGAGGAGAAAGAGAAGAAGAAAAAGGAGGGGCUUUUUCAGCGGGCCACACGGUUCCGCCGCAGCACCUCGCCACCGAGCGGACGACCCCAGAAAAACGAGGCAUCGUCAAACCCCACCGCCGCUCUGCCGGUCAAUCUCAUCUCCAUGUCGGCCAUUAUGGAAUGCAACUCCAACAAGUGUCUCGGCCAGCCACAGGAGGCGGCUGCGGUGAAGACCAGCCCGGGGAAGGUGGAGCCUGUGGCGGCCAAUCAUCACACAGAGACAUCCGGACCCAUCGCAGCAGUUCCUACAGAAGGCCAGAAUGACAGGACUGCAGCUAACACACAGACACCAGUGCAAACCAAAAGCCAGCCGACAGAGCAGAGCAACAACAACAACACAGGGCCACGUCUGCGCAGGAAGAAAUACUCCACCAACCACAAUACCACUCUGCCUCCUCCUUCCACGCAGAAGAAGCAGCAGAAGGAGGUUUCAGAGAAGCCCUCUAAAGGGGAGGCGUUCUCCAGACCCCGGCCCGUGUCCUUCAGGGCCAAACCCCACGCCUGGGCCCUGCUGCGGGGGCGCAACAAGAGCUACUCCCUGGGCCACUACUCCGGGGAGAAGGCGGCUAAAAACAUAAGCGUGGUGCUGUCCUCCGACGUGGGGAUGGGCUGCUCGCUGCUGGACAUGGACACGGAGGGCCAGAAACGAGACUGCACGGUGCCGCUCUGCCGCAUCCAGAGCUCCCCGGGGCGGGCCUCCGUCUUCGAGCUGGAGAAAGAGUUCCUCUCGUAGGAGCUGUAUGAAGUGAUCUGCUGGGGUCAUAGCUCAUCCCGUACAAUCUAGAGAGGUUCAGAACGUUUAGAUAGAUUUUUGGCCUAAAACUCCUGGAGGGUUUAGAACCUGGCUGCCUUUUUUCUAUGUUUUAAAAAAGGUUCUAUCACUUAGAACCCCGCUGUGUCUUUGUUCUAGAGCAGAGACUGUGUCCAAAAUCAUUCACUCGCUCACUAUACUGUAUGUAAACACACUCCCACUGAAAAUACUCUAUAUAGUCUUUCUAUAAAAGCUUUUUAGAGCUCUGUGGAAACACAAGUACAAAAACAUAUUUGGGUGUUUUUUCCUCAUCCAGCAUGUUUGAUGCAGAACGUUAAAAAAAGUGAAAUGAUUAAGAUAACAGUUAAUGAGAAGAAUAACAAUUAAACCAUCAAAAACAAUAAUAUUAGGUUGGAGAAUUUUAGCUCCAAUACUUCAAGUUUGGUAAUGCCAAGUUACUACUCAUAUGUUUACAUAAGGCACACCUUUUAGCAGAAAAUACUCAGCGGCCACUUCAAAUGUUAUUACAUAAAAUUGUAUUAGCAAUUUUUUAUUUUCAGUAUAGAAAGUAAACUCCUUCCGGUUCCUUCGACAAAAACCACAUGUCUACCCUACUUUUAUCAUUUUCGAAUCAUAAAUCUAUCGAUUAGAUUCACGAUGCAUUGUGGGAUACUUUUGAGUCCAUGAAUCCCGACUACAUUCUGAGGCACAUAGGAACUAAAGUCAGUCGGUGAGCAGUGAGUGAUUUUGGACGCAGCCUGAGCUCUAGAACCGUGGCGUGGCAGCAGGUCUACGAUGUUCCCUCCCGGUCCAACACACUGCCUUGUCCCAUUUGGGAACACUCUGGAGUUCUGAACAUUCCCAGCAUCCUCUGGUGCUCCUCUCUCCCCUUUGUUACCUUCUUCUCUCGUUCUGUCGGUGCAGCUAAACGUUGACCGCUGCUGCAGCUUUCGCAACACAAUACCCUCACCUUUUUAUUUAUAUAUAUAUUUUUAUAGGUAAUUUAAUAUGAAGAGACUUGACCUUACCUUAGCUACCAGCAGGACAUACAUUCCAUGUCAGUUUCAGAGUUGUGCGAUCACGCUUUUAGAUUUGUUGACUUGAGAAUCAUGCAUGCAUGUACCCUUAAAAUGUUGAACAAAAAAAAUAAUUUGUAAAUAUUUCUUUUCUCCCAGUAUCAGCCUAAUGCUGGCAGUUGUUUUGUAUUGCAUAUAUGCUGUUUUAUGAGUGUUUUAAAGUCACCCAUGCUGCAGUACCGUUCGUGUUCUAGAGACGGCUCGCACACUGGAUCGGAGCGAGGAUGAAAGUGUGUUUUCUUCCCAGAAUGCCCUGACGAUUUUAGCCAUGCAGGUAGGAAAACACUGGAAGUCCGACAGAGCACACAUGGAAUCUUUUCUACGUUCAAAACUCAAAAGGACCUCUCUGAUUGGCUAGGCCUGUAAAGACACAGCAUCAUUUCAGAUUAUUAAGCAGCCCGGGAGUGGCCACAUUGGAGAAAUAUGUACAGAACACUGAGUGCACAAAAUGGCUUACUAUAAACACACCCUGUGCCUUUAAGAACAAAAUGUCUAAAUGAAAUCCACAUUUUUUUUUUAAUAACGUGCGUAAACUUUAAACUGAGCCUUGAUAUCGAGUUGAGUCAGAAUCUAAGUGUUCUAUUUCUAUUUUUACACUUUUGUAGCAUUAAACAAGCAGCUUUCCCAUGAAGCCACAUGUCCAUCUCAUCACGUUCAGGAGGGACAUUUGAGAACAGAAUUUCACUAAAAGACAUUGAAGACAGUUUUCUAUUAUUAUACAUACUAUGAUUUUAGAGCCAAGUGAACGGCUUCCUCAGGAUUAAUUCAUGGUAAGUUGAUUUAGUUUUCUCCAAACCUCUAUGAACUGAGGUGUGACUAUGCAGGAAAUAUACUGUACCUCUUCCUAUGGUCACUCCCGGGCUUUCUCUCCUCAAAUUGAACAAAUGAACUUCUUCUUCGUUAAAACUGACUGAUUCUUGAAUCCCCCUGACUGCUAUCCCUGUCUUCCUCCUUCAGUCUGUUUUGGAGAAGUUCAAUAGAAAAUGUGUCCCGCUUUUGAAGGACGAACCAAGGGCUCAUUUGUAGAAAGGUACGAACUUCCAAAUGCUGUAAAUAUAAUUGUGAUUCUGCUGUGUAUAUUACUGUGGCAUCUGAUGAUGGGUUAGAAUGUGAAGUACCCCAUGUUCUGCGUUUUUAUGACCACUGACUGUCAGAGCAACACACUGUAAAGGCCUUACUAAUCACCAAGCUGUCAAAGGGGCAGUUUACAAGCCAAGAUAUCACUGGAUUUACCCUUUUUUAUUUUAUUUUUUUUACACAUGAAGGGUUAUCUGUAAAUACCAUGAUGCACUGGUGCUGUAUAUUCCCCUAAACAUAUUGUAUUACAGUCUAAAGCCUACAGGUUGUUUACAGCAACAAAAAGAAAGGUUUUGAAGGCAAACGAUGACUGGACAUUCCCAAAAAGACAUUCCACUUCAUUUGACAAACUGCAGCAUGAUGUGUGUGAUGGCGGUUCUCCAUAAGGUGCAUUCAGGCGUCUGGCUAAAGGGACCAAAUUGAACUCUUCCAGCUCUAAGGCCUCUGUCUUCAGGACCAAAACCACUAAAUGAAGUAGCUGCUAGCAAGGAGUUCUUACACAGAAAACAACUCCGUACGAAAAAACUAAAACCUCAGAGGCGUAGUGCAGCCCGCCACCUUCCGAUCAAAUAACACGACUUCCUGUUUAAUGCAACACUUCCUGUAAAUCACUGAACAUCUCGGUCAGGUUAGCUUUGAGUACAUCUGUUUCAGUGAGCGUUUUUUGUUAUCAUUACAGUAUUGGUUAUUUCACGCCUGAUUGAUCAAGAGUAUCAAGUUUAUCAACAUUUUGAAUAAAGUCUAAAUCAAGACUAAUGACAGGUCUUUGUUCUUCUUUAUUCUGACGUAUAAUUACUACAAUUAUUUCACGCUGUUUUCUUCUUAAAUCUGACAUUUUCAGGUUCAUACUACAAUGUUUACAUGCUUUAAUGUUCAUACAUUUUUCAUACUAAUUUUUAGAAUCACAGCUUGUCUUGUGGCAGUUUGUGUGUUGGUAGGCUUUACAAAUGUACGUUCAUAAGCAAUGAAAAUGUGUUAUUUUUCAUAAUGUAUUACUUUAAAGCUCAAUGAGCUUGGGGCUGAGUGGCACAAUCACUGUAGGGAAGACAUAAAGUAUUAAGCAACAGUAUAAAUACGUUUAUUUUCAUCCUUUCAUGGGAUAAAUAAUAUGGGAAGAA